CACGUGGGGUCUGCCUGUAGCGUGUGCCACUGUGAGGAGGGGGAGGGGGCGUGUGCCUUUAGCCUGAGGGAGGGGAAGGAGGGAGCUCAGGUACAUCUGCCGCCUGCACACACAGCCCCUCCCACUCCCCUCACUGAUUGGCUGCUCCGGUGACAGUUCUGCGAGUCCCCCACAUAUAAAAUGCGAGCCGGCUCCAGAGAAAGCAACGCAGAGAAAGCAGUGCAGCACCUCGGACAGUGCAGGAGAGAGCGGAGAGCGGUAGCACCACGGACAGCGCCAGAGAGUCGCACAGCCAUUAACCCCACACUCCCCGGGACUCUCUCCGCCCCGGCACCAACAUGCCUAAAGGUUUCCUGGUCAAGCGCAGCAGGAAGUCCCCGCCGGUGUCUUACCGGGUGCGGGAAGAAGAAGAGGAGACCCGCGGGGGCUGGAUGAUCUUAGCGACCUUGUGUCCCAGCGGCGGUGCCCCACCUCCCUCCAGUCCUUACACUGCCACCGCCGCCCCAUCGUACAGCAGCCCCCGGCCUCCUCCCGCCGGUCAGUUCGGGAAUCCCGAGGCGGUGCAGCAGCAUCUGUACAGUCCGACCCGCCCGGUCAGCCGGGAGCAGCGAGACAGGAAAUACCUGGGGUCUCCGGUGUCCGCAGAAUCGUUCCCGGGCAGCUCCAGCGACUCGCUCCUCUUCCCUCCCACGGGCACUGCCAAUGGGCAUCACGGACUGGCGCUCCUGCCCCCGGUCUCCUCCUCCUCUUCAAUCAGCCAAAGCAAGAGACCCGAGCCCGGCACUGCCCCCAGGAGCACAAGCGGCUCAGCCGCCCCCUGCAAACCCCCCGCCGCCAAGAAAACCAAAGCCACCCGCAAGUUGACCUUUGAGGACGAGGUGACAACAUCCCCUGUGCUCGGGCUGAAAAUCAAGGAAGGACCGGUGGAGCCUCCCCGACCCCGUGCCUCUAGCUCCGGGCCCCGACCCCUGGGGGAGUUCAUCUGUCAGUUGUGUAAGGAGGAGUACAGCGACCCCUUCUCCCUGGCUCAGCACAAAUGCUCCAGGAUCGUCCGGGUAGAAUACCGCUGCCCAGAGUGCCACAAGGUGUUCAGCUGCCCCGCCAACUUGGCCUCCCACCGCCGCUGGCACAAGCCCCGACCCACAGCCCAAACCAAGGAGGAGCCGCUGAGUGACCGGGACACCCCCAGCCCCGACGCCUCCGAGUCCGGCUCAGAAGACGGUCUGUACGAGUGCCCGCGGUGUGUCCGCAAGUUCCGGCGCCAGGCUUAUCUGAGGAAGCACCUGUUGUCGCACCAAGUGGCCAAAGAGCCGGAAGAGGCGGGUCACACGAUGUUCCUGAGCGACGAGCAGCGCGCGGCAGCCAAGAGUCCCCCCAGUGUAAAUGUCACCCACGAGUCCCACCCGUGCCCUGUGUGCGGAGAAACGUUCCCGGGGAAGAGCAGCCAAGAGCGUCACAUCCGCCUCCUUCAUUCCUCCCAGCUGUACCCCUGCAAAUACUGCCCCGCCACCUUCUACAGCUCCCCCGGCCUCACCCGCCACAUCAACAAGUGUCACCCCUCCGAGAACAGACAGGUCAUCCUGCUGCAGGUGCCGCUGCGUCCCGCCUGCUGAGCCCACACAACUCUAUGCAUCGGGGAUGAUUGAUGGCUCAGAGCUGACAAAGAAAUAUAGGGGUGUUCUAAGCCCCUCCCCCAACAUGGACCCUAGACAUAGAAUGUUGCACCAGUUAAGUGCCAGGGACGGGCAGCACAUUGCAGGGCGGUGUGUUCGUCUCCUCUCGGGCACUUUUGGAAUCAGAUACUUUGGGGGAACUUGUUGGCUCAGGCUGGAAAUUGAGGGGAGAGCGAACAGCCCUUCAGUUCUGGUGCUUUGACUUCAACUCUGCCUGUGCCCCUGAAUGGGACAAUGGAACGGACCAUCUUGCACUAAAAGGUGGGGGUCGUGCCCUGCCAGUAGCUAUGGACUGUCACUGCUGCCAACCAACACUCGCCUUCACAGGUUUCCAAGUUGCCCCUGCUGUGGCCACGGGACUCGCAUUCUUGACUAGUCUGUGCCUUUCCCGACGCAUCCAAUGCCAAGCUGCCCACGACCACUGCCACCUGCCAAAUCAGCAGCCAUAGGCCCAAGUGCAUUACAUUGUGGUUAUUGUGCUUUAAAGCGACCCACGGUUAUCUCCAUUAACCCCCUCAGUGCCCAAGGAGCCCGCUGUGCCCAAGUGAUGCCAUGCCGGACCGGGGGCACUGACGGGAGACAGGACGGAGAGGGAGAGCACUUUCUGCUUUAUUUAUUGGCUUGAUUUCCUCUGAAUCUGUGUCUGUUGUGCAAGUGACCAAGGAUUCUACAACUAGUGCCCAGUUGGCACCUGCGUUCCCCGGGGCAAAGACAUCAGCAUGUAGCCCCAGUCACUGGCCCAGCACUCACCCCAAACUGUCUGCCCUUGCCAGUAAGUGUCACUACUAAUAGUGCAGCGUUGGGAUUGUGAUGCCCUGGUGUAUGUGCAGAUGCCAGUGACUUGUACUACAGGCUGCUUGUCACACCCACAGCUCACACGGGGGGCAAUGUUUUGGGGUGGACAAGCCAUAUACUCACUGUAAGUUUUAAAAAUGUCCCAUCGCAGGGUUCUCAUGCCAUUGAUGUGCUUAACCCUUGAAAUGCUGGAGGUCGGGUUGCCACCUGGCCGGUAUUUUACCUGCCUGGCCGGUAAAAAUGAUGGUUGAUCCCAAUGUUAUUAGUAGGGAAAAAAGAUAAAUAUACAAUAAGGCCGGUAUUAUUUUUCCAAAAAAGGUGGCAACCCUAGGUGUAGGGAGCUGCAGUCGUAAUCCCCCCCACCCCCAGCAGCAGUUUAUGUCGCCUGUGCUUUGUAGCCUUUACUCUUCUUGUCUUGAUAUAAAUGUGCUUUGUAGCCUAAGGGGUUAAUGUUUUGCCUUGAUGCCCCCGGCCCGCACACACUCAACUGUACCAUUAGCUUUAUAUAGUGGCCGGGGGGCUGCUCAGCUCUCUCUCUCCUCUCAGCCCCAGCUGUGGAUAUUUGGGAGGAGGAGACUUUACUUUAGUCGUAGCCACAAAUGCCUUGAAGUCAUUAUUGUCUGUAAUAACUCUGGAGUCAGCUGUAGCGACUGCCUUGUCACCCCCCCCCCACUAUAGGGACCAACAAUCUCUUUUUGUCAACGUGUUUUGUCCCCCCAGCUAUAAUAUCUGUUCUGUAUGCGUUUAUUAUCCAAAAUGUUAAUUUUAUGAUUAAUUAUGUUUAUUUAUUUUUUUUAUUUAUUGACGAGAAUGACGAAGGUAUGACUUUUAUUCGAUUUCUCUUUCGUUGCCUAGAUCUAUAAAUAUAUAUAUUUUGCCAUGACUUCUCACUGUGGAUUUCAGCCUGUCCUUUGCUUUAACACUGAAACGGAAUGAGACGAGGGAGAUUCCGGCGCCAGCGCUCCGACCUGAUUAAUAGCUCUUAUGUCUAGAGAAAUCUCUUUUGUACACAGCAUUAUUUUCCUAACUGUAAUAGGCAUUUAUAGAGUGCUUCAAUAGAACUGUUCUACUGUGUAACUAUUUGCUAAUUCAAAUAAAAUUAUUUUCAAAUUCAAA